GGGCUGUGCUGCCGGCAGAACCGGGCUGGAACCCGACUGCGCGUCCCUGCGCCGACCGUCCGGCCGGCGGCGGCAUCCCUCGGGCAGGACCCACGUCGCCCUCCCGCGGCAGAUGCUCCAGCUGCCAUGUCCACGCAGAGACUUCGGAAUGAAGACUAUCACGACUACAGCUCCACUGAUGUGAGCCCAGAGGAGAGCCCGUCAGAAGGCCUCAACAACCUCUCCUCCCCGGGCUCCUACCAGCGCUUUGGGGAAAGUAACAGCACAACAUGGUUCCAGACCUUGAUCCACCUGUUGAAAGGCAACAUUGGCACAGGCCUCCUGGGGCUGCCUCUGGCCGUGAAGAAUGCUGGCAUCUUGAUGGGUCCCCUCAGCCUGCUGGUGAUAGGCAUCGUGGCCGUGCACUGCAUGGGUAUCCUGGUGAAGUGUGCCCACCACUUCUGCCGCAGACUUAACAAGCCUUUUGUGGAUUACGGGGACACUGUGAUGUAUGGACUAGAAUCCAGCCCCUGCUCCUGGCUCCGGAACCACGCGCACUGGGGGAGGCACGUUGUGGACUUCUUCUUGAUUGUUACUCAGCUGGGAUUCUGCUGUGUCUAUUUUGUGUUUCUGGCUGACAACUUUAAACAGGUGAUAGAAGCGGCCAACGGGACCACCAACAACUGCCACAACAACGAGACGGUGAUUCUGACGCCCACCAUGGACUCGCGGCUCUACAUGCUCGCCUUCCUGCCCUUGCUGGUGCUGCUGGUUUUCGUCCGGAACCUCCGCGCACUGUCCGUCUUCUCCCUGUUGGCCAACAUCAGCAUGCUGGUCAGCCUGGUGAUGAUCUACCAGUUCAUUGUUCAGAGGAUCCCAGACCCCAGCCAUCUCCCCUUGGUGGCCCCCUGGAAGACAUACCCUCUCUUCUUCGGCACGGCCAUUUUUGCGUUUGAGGGCAUCGGGAUGGUUCUGCCCCUCGAAAACAAAAUGAAGGAUCCCCAGAAGUUUCCACUCAUCCUGUAUGGGGGAAUGAUCAUCAUAACUGCCCUCUACAUCAGCCUGGGGUGUCUGGGGUACCUGCAGUUUGGAGCUAACAUCCAAGGCAGCAUCACCCUCAACCUGCCUAACUGCUGGCUGUACCAGUCGGUGAAGCUGCUGUAUUCCAUCGGGAUCUUCUUCACCUACGCGCUGCAGUUCUACGUGCCGGCUGAGAUCAUCAUCCCGUUCUUCGUGGCCCGGGCACCCGAGCACUGCGAGUUAGUGGUGGACCUGUUCGUGCGCACUGUGCUGGUCUGCCUGACAUGCAUCUUGGCCAUUCUCAUCCCCCGCCUGGACCUGGUCAUCUCCCUGGUGGGUUCCGUGAGCAGCAGCGCCCUGGCCCUCAUCAUCCCGCCCCUCCUGGAGAUCACCACUUAUUACUCGGAGGGCAUGAGCUCCCUCAUCAUCGCCAAGGAUGCCCUGAUCAGCCUCCUGGGCUUCGUGGGCUUUGUGGUGGGGACUUACGAGGCCCUCUACGAGCUGAUCCAGCCAAGCAACGCUCCCGUCUUCAUCAAUAUCACCCGUGCCUUUGCAUAGGGACCCGGCACCUCUUUGCACCUACGCACUCCAGCCUGUGUGUCUCCGUGCCGGUCCCCACAGCCUCAGGUGUGGUUCAGGCUCUGGAGAAAAGCAGCAUGGCCUUGCAGGAACCCCUGUACCUGGCACCUGGGUACCCUGGGUCAGGGAAGGCUGAGGGCAGGGGUGGGACAGACACGAAGGAGGUGCCACCAGGGACAGGGUGUCGUUAUUUAUCUGAUCCUAUCUUAACUGAGAACAUUUCACCUCUUUCCCUCACCGUCUCCUCCCUCCCUCUGAAGCUACUCACCUAAUUCCUCCUGUAGCACAGCUCACUUUAUUUAAAAAGUAUAGUGUCCCCACCUCAUGUUUUCUCCUUUCCUGGGCCAGUCCUAGACUGACCAAGCAGGAACUCCCCCUCCUUAUAAAGCCAAACUUCUUCCUCCUCUCUCUCCC